AUGUCGACGUCUACGUCUAUAACUACAGCGGCGGGCGGCGUGCUCGUGGUCACCCAUGUCAUCCCGGCACCUCAGGGUGCUGCGACACAAAACUCUGCAGAGAAGAAGAACCACCGGGAACAACUGCUGGCCCUCGGGACGGUGCAGAUCAUGAUCGGCCUGGCCGUCUUUCUCUUUGAGCUCGCCAUGAUUCCAGAUACAUAUACUCUGGGGUUUAACUCCGGCGCUUUCAUCUGGGCCCCGCUGUUUGACAUCUUGUCUGGAUCUCUGAUGGUGUCUGCUGGGACAUCGCUGAACAAAUGUCGGGUGAAUGGAGGUGUGGGACUCAGUGUUGUUGCUGCUGUUGCUUCUGGUGCUGCUGCCUCCAUCUACGUUCUGGAUGUUUUGGAUGUAACUGGAUACCUGUUCCAGAGAUAUGAUUCUAACCAUCCUCACUACUACUACCACCACAACUAUUACAAUGACUCCUCUGUGACCGUGAAGCCUCAGGAAUACAACACCGACAUCACGGGCGUCAGUUUGGUUUGAAAUGUGCUCAGGACAGAGACGCAUUCGGAAGUGCAUUUCCAGAAGUACUGGGUAUCUCUCUUGCUACUGACUCUAGAACUCAUCUCUCUCCUGUCAUUCAGGCAUCUCCUGCUGCUGACUCUAGAACUCAUCUCUCUCCUGUCAUUCAGGUAUCUCUCCUGCUGUUGACUCUAGAACUCAUCUCUCUCCUGUCAUUCAGAUCAACAUGAAGAUCUCUAUCUUUGCUGGUGUUCUGCUGAUCUCUGCUGCUCUCAUGUUCCUGGGACCAGAACCUGCAGAUGCUGGUAAAAAGAAAAAGGUUUGGACAUCUCUGGAUCUCUCUGGGCAGGAAACUAAGGCUGAGAAGUUUGUUAAUGAUUUUGAUAGAAAUCAUAUCAUCUCGGAUAUGAUUGCUGAUAAUUUUUAUAAUUGUAAGGAUGUGAUGGAACGCAGAAAUCUCUUGGCCCCGAACAGCAACAAAUGUAAGCCCUCCAAUACCUUCAUCUUUGGGAAGUAUGCUGACAUCAGAGCCGCCUGUGAUAGAGAUGACAAAACAACCACAGAACCUUUCCAAGGUGUUAAAUGCAUGACUAGAGACACACACCCUCAUCCAUGCGAGUAUGUUGUUCAGCGUGACAAUCAAAAAGGGAAAGUUAAAGUCGACUGUGUCAAUGGUAAUCCUGUUCACUUUGUAGGGUUUGUUCAUCCUUAAGCCUUGCCACAGUAAUUAUCACCUUAUGAAUCGGAGUAAUCUAGUAAUACCUGAUGAACCAGAGUAAUCUAUUACUACCUGAUGUAUCAGAGUAAUCUAUUACUACCUGAUGAAUAAAUCCUGUUGAAUAAAACAGUUCAACUCUUAA